AUGAAGGAUAUAAAGAAUUACGCUGUUGAUACGGGAUUAAUUUAUGGGAAGAGUUAUCCACGUGGACCUCCCGGAACAAUUCUGGAGGGUCUCUCAUCUAAGCAUACCUCAUGCAUUAUCACAGAGUCCUUCAAGAAAAGCUUUUUUGAUAAAUUGCCCCCGGAGAUACGACGCAGGAUCGCAGGGUUGUUUGGACCAUGCUGGUACUUGGCUGUCCUAGGCGAGGCCCGCCGGCUCAUUGACUAUAUUCGACAAAGCGAGAAGGAUUUGGAUGAAGAGCUUGACCUCGACGAAGACUUGUGGAUAUCGCGGAUUGUUUGCCAAGAUCAUUGGUACCUAUCACAGAUCAGCAAUAUGCCAAUUGAGGCGACUGAAGGAAUGGAAGUUUUCCACAUACAGCCACCCCAGACCAUUCACAAGAUCAUCGCUUCAACGGACCAAAUUGGUGUGCGUUGGAUCCAGUUUCUCGACCGUGAAACUACUCCGACACAAGAUCAGUCACCAUGGUACGAGAUAUACGACGUGGAGGAUUUUGAACCAAGGCUGUGGGUUGUCUGUAAAGGUCUUAUAUUAAAGAGGAUUGAAAUCGACGAUGACGAAGCAACACGUCUCUUGCCGUCGACGUGGACCUCCCCGAAUACGCCCAUUUUCCACCCAUUAGAAGGUCUCUGCCAUGGCCACUUACAGGAGGCUCAACUUCACCAUAUGAAACUUGGACCCCAAGUAGAAGGCAUUAUUGUCGUCCGCGCAGGCGCCUAUAGCAUAGUCGGGAUCCACAACUUCUCGGGCCGGAACAAAGCGUUCUGGGAGUUUCUCGAACAGGUGCAUGCCCGUAGAGGGCUACGGACGAACCCAUCUUUAUACUGGUUCUAUUUCCCGUUGAAUGACCAAGAGGAUAUCCUAAAGGUUUGGGAUCGGCAGUUGGAACACCCCGACGGACGAACAAACUUCGAUGGUUUAAUUGUUAGUGCUUCCAUCUCAUAUCUGAUCUCAGGGACUGACCGGCUAGGUACAAACAUCCUUCGGGAGGGAUAUGACAUUCGGAGCGUUUCCGGAAUAGUUCACGAUGGCAUGGAUUUGAGAUUCCAAGGAAUGUCGGUGUUUGGGGUUACCUGCCAUAGCCCGCAUGAUGGCGAGACUCGAGCCCCGGUCCCAGUACGUUACGCCAUUGGACCUCCAGGGGCCCAUCCCAGCGACUACCUCGUACCAUGGUAUAUGACCAAGGCCACAUUAAGGGGUGUGACUAAGGUACAAGUGUGCAGGGACCGGACGCAGUCGCAUCAUCCUUGUCUGGGUAUCUUGAUGUUCUAUGCCGAUGGUCACAUCGAGUCCAAUGGACAGAUUCGCUGGGAUUAUGGACUGGACGAAGAGAUAUGCAGUCCUUUCGUAGUCGCCUCAGGGGCGGUUAAUGAAAAGGACACCAUCAAGGACAUCCGAAAUGCAGAGGACCCAGUAGUGGCCGCUGUGCAUCGAGGUGAAUGGAAACCUCUGCCUAGUCAAGGGAUACUCGCAUGGUGGUUUAGCGAGUUGGGCGAUAGACUUGACGUUUACUAUGAGUAG